CAUUGGACUCUUUCAUCUUCUGUUUCUUUUCAACAGGUUAAAAGUGGAGUUGGAACAGAAACACAAGCAGUGGUUGUCAUGUCAACAGAGGUGCAACAGUGUACAGGAGCAGCUGUCGUCUCAGGAGCAGAGAGGGCAACAAAUGAGGCAGAAGUACCGUGCAGCUGUGGAGGAAGCCACACAAGGGAGGAAAGUCCUGGAGAGGAGCCAGCAGGAAACAACACAACUGAGGAAAGAGAGGGACCUUCUCAUAGAGUCUCAUGGAAGAGCUUUGACAAAAAUGAAGGAGGACUUCAGGCAGCAACUGGCCACAAAGGUGUCUGAUGCCCUCAAAGAGCAGAGAUCCCAGAAUGCACUGUACUUAAAAGAGCAGAUGGAGAAGUUUCGCAGAGAAGUGGAGCUUGAGCUCAGUAUCGACAUGGAGAAGAACCAGCUGCUGCUGCAACACUGGCAACGAGAGAAUUCCCAACUUCAGAAAAAGUUGAAGGAGAAAAAUCUUCAGCUGCAAGAUCUGCAUGACGAGCUGCUGCAGGAGAAGAGCAGCAUGGAGGAGCAGAGAAGAACACAAGAUGAACGAGUCCAACAGGAGGCGCUACAGCUGAGCCAAGCCAAAACUGAAGUGGACUUACUGGCUGAGGAGAACACUGAACUUCACCAAGAGGUGGCGUUACUCCAAGAGGCCGUGAGGAGGGAGUGCGAGGAGCGGGAGGAGCUGACUGCCGCCCUUUCUCGAGCCCAACAGGAGCUGUGCGAGCGGCGAUCCCGUGUGUCUCACCAGGGCGCCUCGGGGCCUCGGCCAGACUCCAUACAGAGGCCGACUGCCCGGGGGCAGAAGAAUUUCCAUCUCCACAGCCAACCCCGGGCACCUCUCACUCGCUCUCCAGCCUCCCCAAACACACUCCGACACUCCCCUCCCGGCACAGACAAAGACGGAGGCCGGGGAACAGAUGGAGGGGAAGCAGAGAGGAAUGCGGAGUCCCGGAAAAGUGCUGCGGCGUUCGGCGAAGACAAAAGACGCGAGGAGACCCUGCCUCGGCUGAAAGCGAGUGAAGUCAAACACAAGGUCAGCACAGUGACAACAAGGAAGGACAAAGUAUAGGGAGCAGAUCUAUGUGAGCUCUCCUUGCAGUAUUGAACCAGAAGCAAGAUCGUGGUAUUGGUGCCUCCCUGUUUCUAACAGUAUUUAUUUGGUUGCUCUUAAGACUCCUUCAUCACCGCCUCUGAAAACUGACACGCAAAUGAAGCUCAGGGCACGACGUCUGAUCUUGUUGAUACAAAAGUAAACUCCCAGUACACACAACUCUCCAACAGUCAUCCACUUGUUCCCUCACAACCUGACUCAUGCAGUCUCAGUGGCACGCACUCGACACACACACACACACAUACACUCAUGCACAGCCUGUCAUGAGGGCAGGGCUGAAGUGGCAUGACAGCGUGUCCCCUGCCACCCAUGGACACAAACAAAAGGCAGGCAAACACAAAAGAAACUACAGCAAACACCCCCAGUAAAACACACACACACACACACACCACGUAUGUGACAGGCUUUGUGUGUUACUGACAUCAUUCACUCCAGUGGAAGGUCUUUCCAUCCUCCCCUUCUCUGCUCACUUCCUCCCCUUUCGGGAUGCGUAAAGUGUGUGUGUGGCAUGGAAGUAAUUUCCCCACUCGCUGGCACACGGCACACAAGCUUUUGAUUCGACUUCUCUCUGUCCCUCCUUCCAAUCCAUCUGCGAGAGGACGCACAUGUGCACAUCGUUUGCUCAAAAAAGGUGGAUUUUUUUUUUUUUCAUCCUGCCAACGUUUCCUGUUUGCCAAAACACAUACACACACACUCACACGGUUUAUCUGCUGAAAACCUUGGUCCAUACAGAGAGGAUGUGCUGAAUUACUGAACAAUGAACAUUUUGUGCUGCUGAAACCUACUUUUCUGCCUUUGAUGUGUUUCUCUGAGGGUUUA